AUGUUCCCUGCAAAAGACGAAGAUGGUGUUAAAGCUGGAAUAGUCGUCACAGUGGGGGGUGAGGGAGCCGAUUUUGGAGAGGAGGCCGGCGGUGACUUAGUUGGUGAAGAGACCAGUGCGGCGCCCGAAUUCCGAAGUUCUAAUGAGAAUGCUGAUGAGGAUCCUGAGGUUAAGGUUUUUGUGAAGAAUGAAGGGUCAAUUAGGAAGAAAAUAAGAGAGGCUAUGUUGGCUAAGGGAAAACUGAUUAUGUUGGAAAAAGUGAAGUUGUAUGUACAAAAUAUGAUGAAGAGUGAUUUGGAGGUCAAAAGGGUGGAACCCAAGAGUAAUCAAUCAGCUCCGCCAGCAGCAGCCAUAAAAACUGCCCCUACGGCAUCAAAGCCAGCAGUGGUGGUGGAGAAGAAGAGUAAAGAUUUAGAAGCCAUUGAUAAUAAUAAAGGAUAG